AUGAACGAGAUCCUCCCAUUGAAGAAUAAAGCUCUCCGCAACCUGAACAUCCUAAGAUAUAAGAACCUCCAGUCUCCUGCUGAAGAGGCCCAUCUUGAUUUCCAGCGUCGACAAGCUGACUCGCAGGAUCCAGUGCUGCAGAAAGCCUGGUUUCACUCUAUGAACAACGCUUUUGAAGAAAUCGACGACGUGCUCAAGGUCGUCCCACAGACAUCCCGUAUUCACUUCCUUGAUCUCGGCUGCUGUCCUGGCGGAUUUACUUCUUAUAUCUUGAGUAAAAACUCAAAGGCCUACGGGACUGGGAUCUCUUUACCAGUCGAAAACGGAGGCCAUGCAUGCUUACUCAAUGAAGACCAUCUCAAGCGGUUUAAACUCUACUGGGCUGAUCUGACACGCUUUCAACUUGGCGCGGUACUUAUCAACGAUCCCAGCCUCCAGUCCCUCCCCAUUGUGCCACAGUCAUUCGAUUUAGUCCUCAUUGACGGACACCCAUUACGCCCAAGCACGAACGGAUCACACCAUCACCUCCCGGCCUCCUUCUAUCUCCUCAGCGACCGUCUCCUCAUAUCUCAGCUCAUCAUUGGCCUCGCUGCUGCGGCUUCUGGUAGUACCAUCAUCGUCAAAGCCUCCAAACCCGAACGAAUCAUCACAUCACAACUGAUGUUUCUAUUUGACCUCCUCUGCGUGGAUGUCCGUACUUGGAAGCCUGUUUGCAUCCACGGCACGCGCUCAACAUUUUACAUUGUUGGCAAGGGGUUUGGAUAUGGCCGAUUCGCUUAUCGCAAGGAACAAAUCUUGGCGGACUUGAUGGAUCUGUGGGUCCAGCUAUCUUACUACGGCGGGAAAGGACGACGUCUAUUCCCUGAUGACCUUGACUUCAUUGCUGAUCGUGCUGUUCUUAAGGGGCCAUAUGCCCCACGACUCCAGCAAUUGAGCCAGCAUAUAUGGACAGCGCAGUCGCAAUGUCUUGAGGGUUGGCAGAAUGCGAAAGCGGAGGGAUUUUAG